UUUCAUACAAUGUCAAUAAUUUGAAGCUUGAAGAGUGUGAGGCAGCACCUAUAAGAAGCAGAACUUCACGGAAAAAAAUGCAAAACUAUUUAGAAUACAUAUAGAUGCAGAUGUGUUGAAUCAUUCUAAGCUUCAUUUUCUACAAAUAUUAGAGCUUGUUUCGAAUUGAUUUGAAGUGCUGUAGACAAAGGCGUUACCACCACAAAUACCACUCAGGCUUUCAAGAACCUCAACCUCACCACGACCUUCCUACAGAAAACAAAUCAACUCCACCGCAUAAAGCCUGAACACCUCGCCACCGCAUACCGCACCUUUGGGGCACUAGUCACAGCCUGCACGGCCCAAACAAACCUCCAAGAAGUAGAAAGGCGUUACCACUUUAAAUUCAACAUGGCUUCUGAUUCAUUAGCCUGGUUUGAGUUUUUGCUCAAUCCUGCAUUAUUGGAAUCUCACUUGAACCAGAGCAAUCCUGAACCUUCAGCAAUAGGACUCAUCAUUCAGUUCAUCUACAAUUCUAUCAAGAGAAGUGAUGGGGGAAAUGUUGAACUUGAGACCAUGGAUCUUACAGCCCAAGAAAACACAAAAAAGAAAAAUGCCCUCUCUGUCUUGGCUCUUAAGACUGCAGCUCAUUUGAAAUGGAACUUGGAAACAUUCGAGCAAAAAUUACCACUUCACAUGCAAGAUGCCCUCUUAGUUGCACUGCUGGCUGAGACAGGAGAAGAAAUGAGCACUCCCUCGCUACAUGGAACAUUAGAUACAGGGCCGUUACUACCAUACCAGCUUUUCAGUUUGGCUCUGUACCAUCGAUAUGCUCUCAGGGCCCUUGUUCAAGCAAAACUGCCAGCCAAGCCUGUUAAGGUUUCCAAUGUGCCAAUUCCUGGACAACAAGAUCCAACUCAAGAGUCUCGUGAGGUGCAGGAAGGUAUACUGAGUGUCUUGGACAGAGGGGCCGAUGUUUCAGUCCGAGUACUUGAGCAGUUACUUGGAGCAGGAGAGGUACGGGCACCAGUAAUGGCCACAUUCACCGUCCACACUCACCAGAGUUCAGCUGUAAGCCAUAUCUGGGAACGUUGCCAACUUGUUGCUGAUGAGCAGUUCAAAUGUCAGAUACACUAUGAUUUAGGAGCAUAUCACUUUCUUCAAGAAAGAUAUGAAGAUGGAUAUUCUCACUUUGCUGAGGCUUAUAAACUGAUGUCAGAAUUGGGACCACACGCUGAGUAUUGCCAAGUAAAUAUUGACAAGUUGAGAGGUUACUACAACAGUUGUGCUUCACUUUGUGGACGUUCAACCCCAUUAGAAAAAAGGUCACUCUAUGACAGGUUUCUCUACUCUGUGGGCAAUGGAUACCAAGACCUGGUCAAAGUUCUGUCUGAGGACAAUUUGGUAUUUGAAAUUCCAUUAUAUCUUCGCAAAAAUCUUGAACUGGACUUGCAAGCAUGGCCCAAGAAAGCCCCUCAAGGACUACUGAUGCAGGUACAGACUCUGAACACCAUUCGAUGUGUACUGGAAGGAGAAUCAUGGAACAGUGGCUACCCGCUUCACUUGGCCCAGUCUGGGAAAUCAGGGGUUCAAUUUCUUAUUCAGGCACUAGCAGCAAAGUUCUCAAAAUUUAACAACUUACACAAAGAAAGACUGCGCAUGUUCCUAAUGGCCAUAAGUAUUGCCUCAGACAUGUGUGAGACCCUCAUUCCUGCAAUCAGAGCUUGUCCUCCAAUCAAAGCUCUGUUCUCACAAGAAGAAUUGCUUUUGAUGUGGCCGAAGUGUGAAGAAUCUCCACAUCAGGAUUAUCAAACAGCAGAUCCAAGUAGCCUAAAUGACAUAAUAUGGGAGUUGAUUCAUUCCUACAAUCCAGAAGUAUUGAAAAAUGCUGUGAUGCUUUAUAAAACUACAUUACCUCCUAGGCAAGACAUACCAAAGAAAGAAAUUCCAGAACUCAAUACUAAAUGGGAGAUGCCCAUCCCCAUAUACAACACCUUGAUGAAGCUGCCACAAACACCUCAAAGAGAAUUGGUGUUUUUGUGCAUUGCAAAGGCUGUGGAACUUGCUCAGGCAAGGAGCUUCAGGAGUUCUUUAAGUCUUUUAGAAGAAGCCAGUAGCCAUGCAGCAAAACUCCCAGGAAGGGAAACUGGUCGCCUUUGUAAACUGUUGAUAUGGAUGUUACUUAUGACCAAGAUUCAGCGUUGUAUACAUGAAUUACCCUGUGUUGAUAGUAAUGUAUUGAGUGAGUUGACGAGUGAGGCCCGGCAGUGUCUUAGUGCUCACAGCGGAAGGGACGGCAUUGCUCCUUGGACGGGUGUAAAUAACUGGUGCAUUCUUUUGCUGCUUAAUGCUGGUGAGUGGGGCAGCCUCUUAGGAGGUAUAUCUUUGCCUUCCCACAUAUACCUGCUGGGACUGGUAAAGCCUCUAGCUGCCACUGCCCAUGCCCUGAGGGAAAAGCACACCAGUAAAACUGUGUGGUAUGAUCUCUGGGACGUAGUUGUUGGAAUCAUUGCCAAUAGCUCACAGCACAAGCGGUCCAGUUCUGGACAGUCUCUCUCCAUGGAACGGCAUCAUGAUUCAGUUGUCAUGAGUCGGUCUGCUUUUCUUGACUUUCUUGAAAACUUACGUGAACCAAGUUGCUUGUCCAUCCUUAUCUCCCUCCUUGGUCAUGUUUUGAACCUGCUGAACCAGGAGCCAAGCAGUGAGAUUCACAUAGAUCACUUGGCCAUGUGGCCACAAACUGUCAAUGGAAAUGGUUUGAAGGAUAAGGUAAAAGACACCCUCACCUGGUUAGUUGAUCAUGCAACAAGAUUGUACCCUACAGGAACACAUACAAGUGCAGCCUUGUGUACUUCAUGGCACUUAUCCAGGGCUGACCUGGCAUACAUGAGUGACCAGUAUCACAAUGCUCUGGCCGGCUACCUCACUGCUGUCUUUGUUGCCACUGAUUUUCUCAGAAACGACAAUGGGCUUGACCAGUCGGUGCUCACUGACAGUAUAAUUAGAAGAAUGAUACGAUGCUGCAUGAACCUCAACUGCUACACACAGGCAGCCAUCCUGUGUCAGUUCCUGGAGAACAUUGACUACAGCACAGCACUCCGCUGUCUGCAGGAGAGGAGUGCUGUGGAUGCCAUGGAUGCUUACUAUUGCUGCCUUUGGGAUGUGUCACUCAUUGAAUUCAUCAUUAACAUGCACCACAAGCGUGGAGAGGUACAGCGCAGAGACAAGGCACUCAAAAUGAUGGGUCUCCUUGAGGUCAAUUCCAACAAUAAUGAUGAAAUCCAGAGAGAAGCAGCCAAGGUUCGCAAGCACAGGUUUCUCCGCUCUAUGGCAAAGCAGUAUUUGUGAUGAGAGUGUAGAUGUGAGUUGGAUAUUUUGGUGACAAAUAUACAUUAAAUACUGUUCUUGCUCAGGCUGAUGAAGCUUAAUACAAAAUUAAAGACCAGAAAUCAGACACUUUAGUCCCCAGGGUUUCAUAUUAUGUAAGUUUCAUGAUCCUUAAGUCUUGCAUUCAUUCCUAGAUUCUUACCAUCUAGACUUGACCUUCAUACAUUAUUUCCUCCAGUCAUAUCUUUGUUGUGUAUGGAUCACAGAUUCCUACCAUUGGUGUCACUGAUGGUUAAGAUAAAUACUUAUAUUCAUGCUAUGUGUUGCAUAUGCAUUUCUAUGUACAGUUUACAUGCCUGAACAUACAAAUUCUUUAUGUGGAUAAUCAUUUGUUAACUACAACACUAGUCACAUCAGCUUGGAUGUGGGGAGAGGGAGGGAAGGCACCGAUGGCAAUGCUGUCUUGCAAAAAAACACACAAAUAAAUGAAUUGUGACGGUGCUGCACUGCCAAAUCACUGUGAAUGUAAGGACACACACACACCCACACACCACGUGGUGCAGUGGUUAGCACGCUCGGCUCAUAACCAAGAGGAUGCAUAGGUUCGAGUCCCGGAAAGCGGUGAGGCAAAUGGGCAAGCUUCUUAAUGUGUAG